AUGGCAGAUGCAAUCGAUGUCGGGGCAGAAAGACCCGAUGCGCUGGCACCCCACCGUAUCCCUGUGCUGCAUGUGAGGAUGCGGGACAAAUAUGUGUGUAUUCUGAAGCUGAGAAACGUGUGUCGGUAUCUGAAAGGUGAGCCAAACUACGCGGACCAGGAGAUGAGCGGAGAUAUAAAGGAGCAAUCAGCUGGAAGGCGCAAGCUUCAAUCGCAAGCUAGAGCUGCAAGGCAAGGAUCGGACCACAGUCUUCCCCCUCUGUCAUCGCACUCCACACCAAGCCAGCCCACUCCCUAUAGCAACGCGAGUGAGAGCACUCCGCCUAGUCGAGAUGACUGGUGGUAUAAUGGAACGGAUAAUCUUUUCUUAAACCGAUCCGGAGAACAUCACUAUGUUGGCCCUGCUGCGGCGGUCGCGCUAGCCAAGCGACUGCAUCCUUCAUCAUCCAAUCUCGCAUGGGACGUACGCCCUCUGUACGAUGAUCCUCUGUCUCUGCACCGUUCCGUCAAUCGGACUCUCCCGCAGAUGCCACCAUUCGAAUUCGCGAAGCGAUUGUUCUGGGUGCAGUAUGCCUACAUUGGAACUAUCUUUUCCCUGAUACAGCCUGAGGACUUCGAAGAACGACUCAAUGCCGUCUAUCAUCACCCUCCUGACUUCUCGAACCGAGAGUCAUGUCUCGUUUAUUGCCAAGUCCUGCUUGUCAUUGCCUACGGGCUGAUGUAUUCAGUGAACCAGUGGUCAGGAGACGAUGGCCCACCUGGCUUCAAGUACUUUAAGCAUGCCUUGCGUUUUCUGCCAGACAUUCAUGAGGAAGGCUCGAUAUUCUUUGUCGAGGUCCUGUGCUAUGUCGCUUAUUACAUGCAGAAUCUGAACCGGCGGGAUGCUGCUUUUCUAUACAUUGGCCUCGCGCUUCGCAUGGCUAUCUCUUUAGGGCUUCACCAGGAGGUAUCGCAUCCGGAUGUCAGUGAUGCAGAUCGCUAUCGACGACGACGAGCCUGGUGGUCUGUGUACAGUCUAGACAGGUUACUUUCUGUCAAGUCCGGGAAUCCAAUCACUAUCCAGGAUGAAGAUAUUGGGACAUUGUGGCCGAUACCUGAAGGCGGUUCUGCAUCAGCUCCGUGGCCGUCCGUCGUUCUCACUCAUUACACCAGACUGUCUCGCAUUCUAGGCAGAAUUGGAGAAGAGAUCUACCGCAAGAAACCACGAUCCGGGUCUAAUCUGCUGGCAUCCGUACAGAGCAUUACAAAUGACCUCUCUGACUGGCUCCGACAAGUGCCAGAUCGCUUACGCAUUGAUUUUACAACACUAGAUACGCAUAUCAAUCGCGAAUCAGUCUCCAUAUUUCUUCACUUUUAUUCGUGCAUCAACAUGACUGCCAGACCUCUGGUGUUCUAUGUAAUCCAGAGACGCCUGGACGCAGAGACUGGAGGGCCUGCCGCAAAUGACUGGAAAGAAGGCUUGUCGCAAAAUACAGUUGCCGUCAUUGAGAGCUGCAUCACCGCAGCUCGAGCCACGACGCUCAUCAUGGAUGCUGCAGCCAGGCAUAAUCUAGUCGCAACCUACGGCUACUUGGAUGGCGAAUACAUCUUCUCUGCCGCUCUACUGCUGGUCAUGGUCAAUGCGGCCUUUCCGCACAAUGAGACAAAUGCCAGAACAAUGGAUAUGGCACUGAAUCUGUUGCGUAGUAUGGCUGAUCGCGGGAAUACCUACCUGGGGUCUCGCCACUCCUUGCUGCUAGAACUUCAGGCCUCCAUUGGAUCCAACCAAGUGGCUCAGGGACGGGUUGAUUUCAAUGCUCCCGUGACACCUACCAGCAGUCAGCAGCGUAGUCCCCCUCAGACCAUCGGUAUAGGGGAAGAUACAAGGGUCGGUCCCUCAGACUGGCCAUCCCAGCAGCAUAUCACCUUCAAUCUUGAUAUCAAUGACGACCCAGGAUUGUGGGAAGAGGUCCUUGGUCAGAUCGAUAUUGAUAUGGACACUGACUGGAUUGAGAAUACUCUAAGAAGGCAAGAGUGA